UGAGGCCGUUGGUCGCCGCUUUCCCCGCGGCCCUUCUGCUGCUGCUGCCCCUUCCCUCAGGGACUCAGGCCGCUUCCUGGGCCGCCUGGAUGCCUCCCGCCGUCGCCGGCCUUUCGGGCACGUGCGUCUCCAUCCCGUGCCGCUUCGCUUAUCCCGAGGAGCUCCGUCCCGCUUCCAUCCACGGGAUGUGGUAUUUCGGGAGCCCUUAUCCCAAAAAUUACCCUCCGGUGGUGGCCAGGUCCCGCCCCGGCGCCGUCCACGAGAGCUUCACGGGUCGAGCCGUGCUCCUGGGCGAUCCCGGCAUCCGGGAUUGCUCCCUGCUCCUCGGGCCGCUCAGCACGGAGCUGGCCGGGAAGUAUUACUUCCGAGGGGAUUUAGGCGGAUACAACCAAUACAGCUUCUCGGAACACGCCACGCUCGAGGUGCUGGAGGAGCCGGUGCUGGAGGUGCCCCCGGAGCUGGUGGCAGGAGAAGAGGUGGAACUCCGUUGCCGCGUCCCGGAUAACUGCCCCCAACUGCGACCCCGAGUCACUUGGGAAGGGAUCCAGGAGCUUCCCGACGUCUCGGAGCGGGAAGCGCGGGAAGACGCCGCCGGAGCCGCUUCCAUCCUGGCUCUGCUCCGCUUCCGAGUGCGGCGCGAGGACGGCGGCCGCCGCCUGGGCUGUCGCGUCGCCUUCGCCAACAGCUCCUUGGCCUUCGAGGCCACCGUCGCCCUCGACGUGCAGUUCUCCCCGCAGGUGCUGUCGGUGCAGGGCCCCUCGGAGGCCGUGGAGGGCUCGGCGCUGGAGCUGGGCUGCUCCGCCGAGGGGCGGCCGCCGCCGCUGCUCUCAUGGUUCCGGGGCGCCGCGGUGCUGCGGGAGGAGCCGGGGGCCUCGAGCCUGGAGCUGCCGCUGCCGCGUCUCACGCCGGGGGACGCCGGCACCUACGUGUGCGUGGCCGAGAACCGGCACGGCAGCCACAACCGCAGCCUCCAGCUCCACGUGGCCUUCUCCCCCCGCCGGCCGUGGCUCAAUGGGUCCCUAUGGGCCGUGGCGGGGGAGCCGCUGGCGGUGACGUGCGGUGCCCGCAGCCACCCGGCGCCCAUCGUGACUCUGACCCGCGGGCGCCGCCUGGUGGCCGCCGCUAUUUACGAGCCGCUGCUCACGCUGCGGGUACCCGCGGCGCGGCCCGAGGAUGCGGGAGAGUAUCAAUGCCGGGCCGAGAACCAGCACGGGCACAGCAGCAUCGCCUUCAACAUCACCAUCGAGUGUCAGUAUCGGGGCUGCGAGGGGGCCUCGUGGG